AUGACCGAGGGAAUGGAGGACUUCUCUGCAGGGCCAGCUCCCUCUCCUGGAACAGCCUCCCCCACUUGCUGUGCCCUUAGCGCCGGAGCGGUCCCAGAGGAGAAACCAGAGGAGCCGGAGGCAGCUGGCCAGAGCCCGGAGGAGGAGGAGGAGGAGGGGGGCGGUGGGGGGGGCGAGGAGCAUGUGGGGGCUCUGGGAGUCGUGGCCUUGCAGGGGACCUGCUGCGUGUGCAUAGAGGUGGAGCGGAUUAACCACUGCCUGCACUCGGAGAAAAUCUGCAUCCUGCCCAUCCUGGCCUGCCUGCUCAGCCUGGCCCUCUGCACGGCCGGACUCAAGUGGGUCUUUGUGGAUAAGAUCUUUGAGUAUGAAGCGCCCACUCACUUAGACGCUAAACCCAUCGGACAGGACCCCAUUUUGAUAUCAGUUGACCCUACGCUCGGAAUCACCGUGUCCAUCCCCCGGUCAGCGCCCUCCACCGUCUCCCUGACAACCACCGCUGCUAUCACCCCGGGACUUCCGGAGGUUUUCCUGGAGGAGAAGUCUGUGCUGAAUGAUGAACAGCUUGUGAUCGCAAACCAGAGUCCCCGCCCACAAACUACACAGGAGUUCAAUAAUAUCAUCCAAACUCUCUCUACUACCAGCACGUCCACCACCACCAGGACGUCCAGCCACAUCACGCGCUGCAGCGCCAGCCAGAGGAACUACUGCGUCAACGGGGGCCAGUGCUUCACGCUGGAGGUCAUGCCGGGCAGCACCAAGUUCCUCUGCAGGUGCUUGGCGGGAUUCACUGGGCACCGGUGUGAACAGGCAGUUCUUAGGAAAGUCCCAGAACCAAAACGUAUGUGCUACACUGUGUUCAACCCCACACGUCAUUGCUGGUGUCCCAACGAAUUUACUGGUGAUCGCUGCCAAAACUAUGUAAUGGCCAGCUUCUACAAAGCUGAGGAGCUGUAUCAAAAACGUAUUUUAACCAUAACAGGAAUCUGCAUUGCACUCCUAGUGGUUGGAAUCAUGUGUGUGGUUGCCUACUGCAAAACAAAGAAGCAAAGGAAGAAGCUACACGAGCGGCUGAGGCAGAGCCAGAGGAAGAGGAAGAACAACCCCCCCUCUGGCCCCCGCAGCAGCCAGAAGAGCUCUGCCCCCGGACACCCCCCCUCUAACGUGCUUCUGCAGGAUCUGAAGAGCAUCAAUCCGUGUAACGGGGGGGUGACGCAGUACGCAGCCGAGGACCCCGAGACCCCCCUCCCCACGAGCAAAUACGCCUCCCCCCUCGAGCCCACCACCUUCACACACAUCUCCAGCCAGAGCUGGAGUGAUGACUGGAGUGCUGUGUCGGAGACGGAGUCCUUCUCUGUGAAUUCACUGGCGGAGAGCAGCCAGCGCGCCCCCCCCGGCGCCCCCCCCCGGGGGCGGCUGAACGGCACGGCGGGGGCCGGGGACCUGACCAGAGACACGGCCAGUCCCAGCAGGAGUUGCCUUAAAGCCCAAGGUCUGUGUCUGCCAUGAGGAGCCUGUCAGAGUCCAGACCUGUUCCCAGACCCCCGGCUCCCCCCCCCCACAGACCUCGUCCCUCUCCGUCCCCCGGUGGCUGUGACCCUUCACCCCCAGAGGAGCGCUCCUGUCCAGCACCGGUCCUCAGAGCUGGAGUUUUCCCAAAAGUUUUCCCAAAGCUUUCCGGCCACGCGGCCUCACGCAGAAACCCAAAUAUCCCCCAAACAAAUAUCCCUAA